AUGCCUUGUUCUGCUUUUUUGGCGCGAGAAGACGAUACGACGGCGUAUUUUGGCGCCAGUGGAGCUCACGGCUGGGUAGAUGGGCUUCUAAAAUAUCCUGGCCCAUAUCAGUGCGUUCGCUGGCAUAGAGGAGCCGGUUCCGGGAAAACCCUCCCCGUUAUCUUUCUUUUGCCCCUUUCAACUCCGGCGAUGCUCCUCCUCUACUGCCGCCCCUUCCCCUCUCCCUGCCCUCCACUCCGCCGCCUCCUACGAUGCCGCUGCACCUGUUCUUCCGCCUCCUCCCCCAUUGUUCCGUACCACCAAUCCUUCGCCCGUCGCAUGGCCCUCGCAGGCAUCCACCCCCACCACCGCAUUGCGGUUGGGGUCUCGGGUGGGCCGGACUCUAUGGCGCUGUGCGUGCUGACGGCGGCUUGGAAGAAGGCGGCGAAGGGCGGGUCCGGGGGAUUCGUGGAGGGGCUCCUGGGGGUCGUGGUCGACCACGGGCUGCGGCUCGAGAGCGCCGACGAGGCGCAGCUAGUGCGCGACCGGGUGCACGGCAUGGGUGUUAUAUGCGAGAUUGCCAGAUGUGAGUGGCCUAAUGGGCGGCCAAAGCUAGGGCAUCUGCAAGAGGCAGCCCGCGAAAUGAGGUACCAAAAACUGUUGGACAUUUGUAUAAAGCAGCAAAUAGGAGUGUUGCUUAUUGCACACCACUCUGAUGACCAGGCAGAGCUCUUUGUUCUGAGAUUAUCUCGCAACAGCAGGGUUCUAGGUCUUGCUGGUACAGCCUUUGUGUCCCAAUUGUUUGCACCUAAUUUAAAAUAUGAUGGACAUAAUUUUUGUCGUUAUGGCAUCCUUCUUGUUCGGCCCAUGCUUGACUUUUCAAAAGAUGACAUGUAUAAGAUAUGUCAAGGAAGUAAUCAUUUGUGGGUUGAAGAUCCAACAAAUAAUAGUAUGCAGUAUGCCAGGAACCGCAUUCGAGCAUCUUUGAGAUGUUUAUCCACAGAAGGUACCUUUCAGUCAGAACUUCAGAAACUGAUAUACGCAUGCCGGUUGACACGAGCGUGUGUUGACAAUGCCUGCAGUAUGGCUGUCAAGCAGUCUAUCACAAUAACGGAGUAUGGGUAUGCUGUCAUUGACCUAGAAAAACUUGAUGCGCAAAAUGUUGAUGAUCUUUCUCUUUCACAAUAUUUAGCUUGUGUAUUACAGUUUGUUUCACAGAGGCACAGGCCAAUCCGUGGCAGAUCUGCUCAAUUGUUCAUGGACUACAUCCGUAAUACACCUUGCAAGGGUGCCCUUACUGUAGCUGGUUGUUACCUUUGUGCUUUUCCGAAGUCUAAAGGUACAAAAGUACUAGUCUGUUCCUCUGUUGACUCGAUGGAGUCAUUUUCUGUUGAGAUGUCCUACAAGUGUUCCUAUGAAGAACAGCCUUCACCAGUACCUGAGAUUGAUCAGAUAGCACGUGAAGCACGCGUACACUCCAACGAAUUUCUACAGUGCUCAAGCAUACCUUUUGUGAAUUAUAGUUCUUCUACUGAUGUUCUGAAUAGAGCAAAGGAUCACAAUAUAAUAGGUGAUUUUGUGUUAGAAAAACUCCUUUACCUGCAGACAGAAGAGCAUCAGAAAUUUUGUGCAACAAAACAUAAAAAUGAAGAACAAUACUUGGAGAAAACAAACUUUCCUGAUGUGAAAGUUCUUUUUCUCUGGCCUGGUGAAACAUGUCACUUUAUGAGCAAGUUCUUGAUUACAUGGAAUGCUUUGGAGGUUGUUCCAAAUGGAAUAUGCUCACAAGACAGUAAAAACCUCCUAUGCCAGCAUUGUGCAGUGAAUCAGGACGGAAGUCUUGCAGUUCGUCACAUGUUUGAUACCGAUUGGUUGUUCCUUGCUGAAGUUUCUAAAAUCCGCUCAAUGGAAGAGAAUCAGAAUGUCUCAAAAGUUUCCAAUAAUAAAUUGGAGGAUGAUGUACUCCUGAAGCACUCUAGAUAUUUACAGUUAUCAGCAAUGAAAGCUCUUGAGGUCCUGAAAUCUAUUCCAGCUUCUGCAAGACGAACACUGCCAGUACUGACCAAUUCUCAAGGUGACGUACUGAGCAUACCAAGUAUUGGCUUCCAGUGUUGCCCAAGCCUGUCAAUCAAAGCAUUAUUCCAUCCAAGAGUGCCACUUGGUGGGGGAUACACUUCAUAUUUAUGA